UGAUGAUUGUGGGCAUAACAUGCACCCUGGUAGCCUGGUAGCUGUAUAUUUAAGUUGCAAAUGCAGAUUGGCGAAGCUGGUUUGUAACAACAUAACAGUUCAUUGGGCACAUUGCGAUCACCGUCUGCGACGGGGUUUGUGAUGAAUUUGUGAUGUGCUGCGUGCAUAGAGUGGUGUUGGAUAGCAAGGCUGUCAGGGAAAAUCUCGUCGGCGGUCAGCGCACGAUCUGCAUUCGCCAAGAACCAAAGACUUGGUGAAGGCCGUUGAGCACAUGGCAAUUGACCACUUAAGCAAGUUAUACCAUUCGCUAAUCGCUUUGUUCCAUGAAAUUCGAUGCUGGAGGAACCGUUCACAGCUUUGUGCCAGCUGGUCGUGAAACGACAAACCCCGGCCCAACGGCUGUGGAGCACCUGUGAAUAACUGCCGAUCGUCAUUCUCUGGUUGAAAAAGGGGCCCAGCAAUUUCGAAUGGGUUUCCUUCUAGGCUGCCCUGGCAGCUACAGAGAUUUCGCUCGACGAACAACCACCUCUUUCCUGCCACCGGCAGCCGACACAAGCAAACAUCUCCCCGUGUGGCCCCUCUGUGGCCGGGGUGUCGGCGAUUCUGUGUGGUACCGGGAUCGCUAUGUCAGGAGUUGCAGGAUGACAGGCCAAGGAUUGGGUGCCUUUUUGAUGGGCUGUCCCUUUUUCCGGGCUCCUCUCCAAGCAGGCAUAUGGCUGAUGAUCCUUACUGCAAGAGAAAAAAAAAACUCUGGGAAGAGGAGAUUAGGCUCGAGAAGAGAACGAGGGUGCCGAAGCCGCCGGUCAUUUGCUUCGGGUGUUUCUGGACGAUCAUGCUUGCUCUCCUAAAUGGUUAAAAAAGAAGAAAGACCUGCCCGUCCACCGAGUCGAGUUUGUUCUCUCCUUCUCACCCCCAUCCCAAACAUCACCCACAGUCUUUCACUAGCACUGUAGCGCUUCACCUCUGAGUGUGCGCAGCCAUUCUUUAAACACAUUCCUUAUACACUUAGCCUAAUUAUAGAAAAUUUAUACAUUCGUUAAUCAAUCCCCCACACAAUGCAGUUCGCCAAGUACGCCUCGUUCAUCGGGGCCCUGGCCGGCUUCGCCAUGGCGUCGCCCGCGCCCUUCAGCGUUGUCAACACCCCGGCCAACGCGGAUGUUGCAGCUUCAGCCGCCAUGGACGGCGACCUGGAGGCCCGGACAGUCGUCUGGCCUUCCACCUUCCGCCUGCGCAACAGCUGGGAGAACGUAGUCCUCUUCAGCGGUAACGCCGGCAACAACCUCUCGCUCGACCUGGGCCUUCACAAGGCCGCCAUCAACGGCGACAUCAAGCUCAAGAUGACCCACAGGCUGUUCAAGGAGCCCACCAUCAAGGUCAAGCUUGGCGGUCUCAAGGGCUACUUCUCCGUCGACCUGGCAGCUUCCGACGCCACCUACGAGACGGUCGAGCUCGUCAACUCGGGCCGCAUGAACAUCGACAUUCCCGGCUUCAGCGGCGAGUCCGGCACGGCUUUCGCUCUGGAUCUCAUUGUUGGCGUCUCAUCUCCCCUGGCAGUCCGUGGAGGCUUCUACUUCAGCUUCCCCAAGGACUCCUUCGUCGAGAUCUCGGUCCACAGCAAGGAGAUUGUCCGCCAGAAUCUCGAUGGCCUCGUUGCCCAGCCGCUCGACAUGGUUCUCGGCGCGUCGGUCGAAGUCAACGAGGCCGUUGAGCUGACCAUGGGCCUGCGCAUGCGUUCCGCCAUCGGCAUGGCCGCCAAGGUUGAUUUUCUCCACAUGGACAGCGGCGCCGACAUCAUCCUGUGGCUGGAUCUCUUCUCCUACACAACCACCAUUGGCCGCAACAACGCCUGCGCCGUCUUCCUCGAUGAGUCCUUCGCCAUGGGCUUCGGUCUUGCUAUCGAGGCUACCAAGGGUGUCGCCAAGGCCCUGAGGCUUGAGGUUGCCCCCAUGGUCUUUGUCACCAUCUCCAGGGCUCAGCUUCUCGGAUUCUGCCUGAUCAACGUUGGUCCCAUUCCUGGCGGCCUCCCCAUCGGCCCUGGGUCUGGUAACGGAACCGCUGGUGCCGGUAACAGCACCGCCCCUGGCUCCGGCUCAUCUGGCUCAGGAUCAGGCUCAGGAUCUGACUCCGACUCCGACUCUGGCUCUGGCUCAGGCUCAGGCUCAGGAUCCGGCUCAGGCUCUGGCUCUGGCUCUGGCUCUGGCUCUGGCUCUGGCUCUGGCUCUGGCUCUGGCUCUGGCUCUGGCUCUGGCAACAGCACCGCCCCCUGGUCUGGCUCUGGCUCUGGCUCUGGCUCUGGCAACAGCACCGCCCCCUGGUCUGGCUCUGGUUCUGGCUCUGGCUCUGGCUCUGGCUCUGGCUCUGGCUCUGGCUCUGGCUCUGGCAACAGCACCGCCCCCUGGUCUGGCUCUGGUUCUGGCUCUGGCUCUGGCUCUGGCUCUGGCUCUGGCUCUGGCUCUGGCUCUGGCAACAGCACCGCCCCCUGGUCUGGCUCUGGUUCUGGCUCUGGCUCUGGAUCUGGAUCCGGCUCCGGCUCCGGCUCUGGCGCUGGCAACAGCACCGCCCCUGGCUCCGGCUCAUCUGGCUCUGGCUCCGGCUUCAGCAACGGCACCCUCACCACCUCCGCUGCCGCCGGCCAGAUCACCCCCGCUCCUUCUGGCUACACCACCUCGACCAUCACCGAGACCAAGACCUACACCAUCACCUCGUGCGCCGCCAAGGUCAAGAACUGCCCUGCUUCGCUCACCCAGAAGGUCGUGACCUCGACCGUCAUUGAGACGACCACCGUGUGCCCCAUCGGCGAGACCACGACCGAGGUCACCACCGCCACCGAGACCACCACCUGCGACGUGCCCGAGCCCACCAACCAGACCCAGGUCACCACCGUCACCCUUACCACCUGCCCCGCUGAGACCUCGACCUACACCGAGCCCGAGGGCGUCAAGACCCCCGAGGCCCCCGUCGUCACUAUCACCGAGAAGCCCCCCUGCAACUCCGGCUGCCACGCUACCAAGCCCCCCAAGCCUGCCGGUACCGGCAACGCGUACCCUCCCUACACCGCCGGCGAGUCGGUCCCCUACCCGACCCAGCCCGCUAACACCCAGCCCCCCGCCGGCGGCGUCCCGACCGGCCAGCUGCCCCCCAAGCCCACCGGCCCCCCGGCCACCACCACGACCCCGCCCGUCAAGGCUGGCGCCGCCAAGGUUGCCGGUGGCCUUGCGGCCGUCGUGCUGCCAAUCCUUGUCAUGAUCUUGUAGAUCGGUGAGGCAGCUGCGAGGGUAUAAUGGACAUUUCUUUUGUAUCUUUGUAACUAGAAGAGAAUGGUGAAAAAUGCUUUAGAAAGCGAUAUACCUAGAACAUGGUAGUUUUCAAAAGCAUACAGUGUUUCCAAUCCAGGUUUUGUAAUCCCG